GCAAUGUUCUCCUAUAUUUUAUAGAAUGUUUUAAGUUUCCUCUUUCUAAGACCAAGAAUAGUUUUUUUAAUGCUGAGGUUUUUGCAGGAUCAAAUUUUGGUUUUUGUUCUUGGAUACACACAGUGAUGAUGAUAGGAAUGAAGACAUGCAUAUUUAGUUGAUGCCUUUUUCUCUCUGCUAUCAUCCACUAUUGGUUUCUAGUUUCUAGAGCUUCUGUUCUGCAUCAUUUUCUUCCUUUCCUAUAAUUCCCUUUGAUAUCCAAUUUUAGACUGCUUGCUUUGUGUUUGUGAGUUAGUCUCACCAAAUCUCAAAAUUCAAGAGAAAUUGUUUGUGUUUUGUUUCACUGGUUUAAAAUUUGGUGCCAAGUUUGUUCAUUUGGAUACAAAAAUCACAGCAUAGAUACUUUAUUUUGGGUUUUCAGGUCACUUUGUUGCAAUUGAUACUGAGGUGGUUUCUGGGUAUUUGGAUUAUUUUUUUGGCAAAUGAAACAAAUUGGGUAGUAAGGCUGGUUCUGGGAUUCAGAAAAUGGGAUCUCAAAGUGGGGGAAUCCAAGAGCCAAAGACAGGUUCUUUGGCUACGCAAGGGUCCUUGUACAAUCUCACCCUUGAUGAGGUGCACAACCAUCUUGGGGAUUUAGGGAAACCCCUAGGAAGCAUGAAUCUGGAUGAGCUUGUCAAGAGUGUGUGGAGUUCUGGAGCUGGUCAUGCCUCUGGAUUGGAUUCUGGUACUGAAUCUUAUAUGCAGCAUGGUCAGCUAGCUUCUUCUGUGUCAUCUUUGAAUCCACAGGGAAGCCUAACAAUGUCUGGGGAUCUUAGCAAGAAAACUGUUGAUGAGGUUUGGAGAGAUAUGCAACAGAAGAAGAGUACUACUCAGGAAAGACAACCUACACUCGGUGAGAUGACUCUGGAAGAUUUCUUGGUAAAGGCUGGUGUGGUUACUGAAUCUUUUCAUGCUGAGGAUAAUGCUAUGUCAGUGGUUGAUUCCCAAAAUAAUGAAUCACAGCAUGCUCAUUGGAUUGGAUACCAGCUUACUUCUGUGCAGCAACAGCAACAGCAUCAAAAUCAGCAGAAUAAUAUGAUGUCUGGUUUUCCGGGUUUUAUGGCUGGCCAUGUGGUUCAACAGCCAAUCCAGGUGAAUACAGUUUUGGAUGGAGGAUACUCUGAACCAAUGGUGACUAUGUCACCAACUUCUUUAAUGGGUACCUUAUCAGAUACACAAACUCCAGGUAGGAAAAGGUUUGCCUCAGGGAUUGUGGUUGAGAAAACUGUGGAGAGGAGGCAGAAAAGGAUGAUUAAAAAUAGGGAAUCUGCAGCUAGGUCACGGGCUAGAAAACAGGCUUACACACAUGAACUGGAGAUUAAAGUUUCACAUUUAGAGGAAGAGAAUGAAAGGCUAAGAAGGCAGCAUGAGAUAGAGAGGGAGUUGCCAAGUGUGCCACCACCUGAACCUAAACAUCAGCAUCGCAGAACUAGUUCAGCUCCCCUUUGAUGGCUUCGUUGCAAAUGAUUUCCUCACAAACUUUCAUUCACUCCCAUAGUUCUCAUUUGCAAUAUAUAUUCACCACUCAAGUUUCCAACAUUUGGAAGGCUAUUUUUCUCCUCAGCUUGCUCUCUUGUAAGAGUGAUUUCCUGUAUGUAGAUUAUAUAAACCCUGACUUCCAAUUUACCAAGCACUAUAAAUAUGC